CGGAGGGCACGUCCUGGUAUAACUUUCCGUCCCCGAAGCUGAAGCUAAUAAUAGUACCUACCUCCUACUUGUGAAGACUAAAGGAGAUCGCGCUGGGAACGGAUUUGGCAAAAGUAACAGGGUAUCUAGAAAAGAUUAAAGAAGGCACCGUGGACGCCCAAGACUGGAAUACUACAUUUCCCAGAAAUCUGUAGGAGCCUACAACUCCCAAGCACCCCUUGCCUGCUGUCGUCUCCCGGAAAAGUGCACGUGCCGGCAGUCAGCAUACGUCAUGGCGGCCAGACGCCUCAUUGGGGCUACGUGGACCUGGACCUGCUGGCGCACCCUGGAGCUCCCGGUGCCUGCCGAGCCUGGAAGACUCCUCAUACGGGGCUAUGCCAAGAGACCGGUCAUGAAGGGGGGCAAAGGCGGCAAAGGCGGUGUGGCCAGUGAGGCCCUGAAGGACCCAGACGUGUGCACAGACCCUGUCCGACUCACCACCCAUGCCAUGGGUGUCAACAUCUACAAAGAGGGCCAGGACGUGGUCCUGAAGCCAGACUCAGAGUACCCUGAGUGGCUGUUCCAGAUGAACGUGGGCCCCCCCAAGAAGCUGGAGGAGCUGGACCCCGAGACCCGGGAGUACUGGCGGCUGCUGCGGAAACACAACAUCUGGCGUCACAACCGCCUGAGCAAGAACCGGAAGUUCUAGUGGGCCAGCGGCCGGCCGGCCGGAGUGCUGGGACCUCGCCAGGCCCCGGAGGAGGACCCUGCGGCACGCCUUGGCUUCUCCACCUGGCCUCCACGGGAGACUUUAUCUUCCUGGAGAAAACGGGGUUUUCUGAGGACAGAGGAGCCCCCUGAGCUGGUGCCUAUUUGGUCCCCACAGCAAGGCUGGAUCAGGGCGCUGUCUAGGGCGGGUGGGCAGGGUGGCAGGCCCGGGGACCGGGGGAUGAGGUGGUGCCUCAGGCCUGUGGCUCCAGGGGGGAGGCUUUUCUAGACACGCCUCUCAGUUGUAGGGGAUUCAACGCUGUUCCCAACUCUGCGACUGUGGGAGAGGGACUGACGCAUCUGGGGCGGGCUCUCCCGGUGUGCUGGGCUCGGGGGCUCCGGUAUCCCGAUGGCCCGCUCCCUCUGGCUCUGGGUCCUUGUCGCCCCGGUGGGUAGUUCCUGGACGGGGGUAGCUCCAGGACUCCUGGCUGACACCCCCUACCUGGUUUGGCAAGCCCAGCCAGAGGGACGGGACGACUUCUCCUUCCUACUAAGGUCACGUGUUCUCUGCCUUGGCCAUUUGAGCCCCGGGACCUAGGUCUACCCACCGUCUUCCUGUUACCUCACUCGUGCCCAGGGCUCAACCUCUCCCGCGCCCACCCCACCAGGAAGUGCAUCGGGAGUUUUGCAUUGGGCCCAUGAACCUGACCCACAGCCUGAGUGAGAACCAGCUCCCAGCGGCCCCACUUCUGUCCUGCCUGACUAGGGGCAGGGGCUCCAGGGCCGGGUCGGAGAGGGUGUGUGAUUGCAGGGGUGGAGUGGCACGAUGCGGGUACCACCUGGGGGGCUGGACCAGGGCCCUCCAGGCCCCUCUGUGCUGUCUUGUCUAGCGGGGCGGGCAGGGCUGGGGGCUAAUUCUGCCUCCUCCCAGGAAACCCAGAGCCCUCAUCCGCUUAGGAGGACUGCGCCAAGCAGAUUACCUGCCCUCCCUGGUGGCCCAUCCAGAGCAGGUCCCAACCCUCCCGCCUGGGGAGCUCCGGGACUCUCAGGGUAGAAACAGUUGUAAUGGCCACAAGGCCUGACCAGACCUGCCUCCUAUCACCUCACUGCCCGCGCCUCGCUCAUUGAUCAGCCCCAGGGACCUCCUGGUGGUUCCUCCCCUUCACUGGGCCCAGUCCUGCCCCAGGGCGUUUGGACAUGCCAUUCCCUCUGCCUGGGUGGCUCUUCCCGCAGGUGUCCCCAUGGCUCGCUCUUUUACCUCCUCCAGUUCUCCGAUGUCCCCUCCAAGAGGCCCACGACCGCCCUGUUAAACUUCAGUCCUGCCCCACACUCGAUUGCCUCCUGUCUUGCUUUCCCUCAGCACUUAAAGCCAGCGGGCGCUU